CAUGCAGUGACUGUGGGUCUAGGGCAGUACAGGAGCAGUAUAAAAACAGGUCCUUCCCUUCACUCUCUCAUUCACUCCUCUCACCUCCAUCUCCUCAGGAACAAGGUGCAGCUCCAGCCACAAGACAUGUCCUGCUACAACCCGUGCCUGCCCUGCCAGCCUUCUGGCCCAACCCCACUGGCCAACAGCUGCAAUGAGCCCUGUGUCCAGCAGUGCCAGGAUUCCAGAGUUUUCAUCCAACCGUCCCCCGUGGUGGUGACCCUACCCGGCCCCAUCCUCAGCUCCUUCCCGCAGAACACCGCCGUGGGAUCCUCCACCUCCGCUGCCGUUGGCAGCAUCCUCAGCUCUCAGGGAGUGCCCAUCAACUCCGGGGGCUUUGGUCUCUCUGGCUUGGGCAGCGGCAUCUGUGGCACAAGGAGGUGUUUCCCCUGCUAAAGUUGCUGUUGAUGGUCCUGGGGAAGUCCUCAAGGGACACACAAGAUGAGACCAGACUGGGGAUGUAGCAUCAGGUUGUUGGUUUCAGAGGGGCUGAGCAACCCCAACACCCCUUGCAAAAGGACAAGGCCAGCCUGUUCUCUCAGAAAGCACAGCCCAUGCCAUCUUUCCAAUCCUUCAGUGUCCCCUCUCCCUCUUGUGUCCUUGUUCUCUUGUGUUCCCCUGGCCUGUGAGCCCCACAAAGCCUGUCUAGGGAGGAUCUGCUGGCCCUGCUCCCCCUGUAAGGCAGGCAGCAGGACACCUGCCUGGAUGUUUGCCAGAAGCAUGGAUCUCAGAAUCUCAUCUCCACUGGUGCUCCUUGGACUAGGAUCUACACUCAUAACAACAUCGUUUCCAUCUUUGACUCAUUAAAGUUCUGCUGUAUCCCA